AGAGACCUGAAGCUGAAGGCAGGCAGUUGGGUCGGAAGGAGGGCGGCGGUGGCAGCUCGGGAGGGGAGCUCCGUUCCAGCGCCAGGAAGAACCCAAGCCAAGGGGGCCCCUGAGCAUGUGCAGAAUGCUGAAUUUUCUAGGGAGAAGAAGCACUCUGAUUUAGAUGUGACCAUGGCAGCCAAGGAAUGUGCCUCUUCCAAAGAAGUCCUGGUGGGUUCUUCAGUAACCCCGAGUCUUCCAGCAGUCUGUGAACAGUUGAACAAGUCCUUUCCAUCGACCAACAAGAAAAGGAAGAACGGCCUUUCCAGGCUUUGCAAGAAGAAAACAUCUUUGUCAGAAAACGGAUGGAAUUCCUAUUGUUUAUCUUCAUUAGCUGCCCGAAACAUCUGUACCAGCAAACUUCACAGCUCUUGGACUCACUUGGAAUCUUCUUCUCUCUCUUGUUCAAUAUGUAAUGCCUCUUCUUGUUCCCUCUUAAAUGUCCUGGCCUUGGGAGAAUCUACUCAGACUCUGCCAACGGCUAUACGCAGCCCAAACAAAGCCAUCUUCACUGUGGAUGUCAGAACAACCGAGAUUGUAGUUGCAAAUGACAAAGGCUGCAAGCUUCUUGGCUAUAGUACUCAGGAAGUGAUUGGCCAGAAAUUAUCUCAAAUGAUUACAAAAUCCAGUUGGGAUAUUAUGGAAGCACUGAAGAAAGAACAUGCUGGUGCUGAAGAACAUGAAGCAGUAGUUCCUGGAACAGUGGUAGAUGUUAUUUCCCGUAGCAAUGAGAAGAUCCCAGUCUCUGCUUGGACAAGAAGAAUUAAAGCCCAUCACAAUGAGUACUGUGUGGUUGUUCUGGAGCCUGUGGAAAGACUUUCUGCCUCUGUUUUUUUCACAAGUAAUGGAGAGAUUGCUUCCUGUGACCCCCUUUUUGCUCAUCUUUAUGGGUACACAUCCUCAGAAGACGUGAUUGGUCAUUAUAUAACCGACCUGAUUCCCUCUAUUCAAAUCCCUACACCUGGCAAGAAAAUUCCAGAGAAUAUCAAGAUUCAGAGAUCUGUUGGCCGAGCAAGGGAGGGAACAACAUUCCCCCUCAGCCUGAAACUGAAAGUGAACUUCCCUAUUCAAGAAAGUGUCCCAAUACUAGAGAACCAUGAGCCAGAACUUGAUGCUGACAUUUCAGAAGAUAGCACACCUUCUUUGCCUGUAAAUUGUUCUUUCUGUGCUACCAUCUGGGUUUUUACUACCAUCAGUGGGCUGAUAACUGUUCAAGCUGAUGGCACAAUUUAUGGAAUCAACAACACAUUUUCUCUUAUGCUGUUUGGCUAUGAAAAAAAGGAGCUACUAGGAAAGAACAUAACUUUCUUGAUUCCUGGUUUUUACAAGUAUAUGGACAAAGUUGGGAAUUCCUCUCUGCAGCUCCAAAGAUCUAGAGGAAGUGAUGAUGUAGAUGUAGAAAAUGUGAGCAAAUUUAAAGGAUCCCAGAUGGAUGGCUGUAGUACAGUAGAAGGCAAUGAAGGCACCACCCCAGGCAUUGGAAAUGUGUCUUCAUUGAGUCUGCAAGUACAACGGAAAUUAACAUGGAGUGAUGGGGCAGAGUUCCCUACUGGGAAGGAUGCCCAGUUAGAAAUGGGGGGUAAUUUGCCUUCCCUUCUGUCAUCUUCCCUAGAGGCAUCUACAUCACUUAAUCGAGACUCAACAGUUAGAAUGAAUGUGUCUAUCACUGAUGAGAUUCUGCCUUCUGAGCGGCUAUGUGAAGGAGUCAGCACCUAUUCCCAGAUGACAAAGCCUACUAACUCCCAGCCACAUGAAACCUGUUCACCAAAUCAGUCUCAUUCUGAACCACAUGUAUUAGAAGUUAGAGCUAAACAGCAAGAGAAGCAUCUUCCCAGGAGCAGUUGUGAUCUAAUUCAGGGAGAAGAAGAAGGUGAUGCUUUAAAUACCCACAGUUCUGGUUUCCCAUAUGAAAUAAUGGAUUCUGCCACAACAAUAAAAAGUGAUGCAACAGAGCUCCAGGACAGGGAAGAAACACAGCGGGAGGGUGGACCUAACCUGCCUUCUCUUUUAUCACCAUCCACAGGGGCAUCUGCAUCACUGAAUAGGGACUGUACAGCUGGUAGUCAUGGGCUGGACCAUGAUGAAGUCCUGCAUUCUGAGAGCUUACAAGAUGGAUAUUUCACUGAGACUGCAAAAGCUAUUAGUUUUCAGGAGCAUGAACCACAUUUACAAAACCAGUUGCAUUUGGAGCCAUGCGUGUUAGAAAAUAAAACUAAAUUGCAGGAGAGGGUUCUUUGCAGGAGCACCUGUGACUUGUUUCAAAAAGAAGAUGAACUUUCUGAUAGACAUGCUUUUGGUUUGCUACAUGAAACUUUGGGGAAAUGCCAAUCUACCCCUAUAUCUGCAGGGCAAAAAGGUUCUCUCUUGGGUGAUCAGAGUUCGCCCGUAGAUGAUGAUUUUGGACAUAGGACAAGUGUGCCUUGUGAUGUAUCAUUUGGCACUCCCACUCUGGAUGAACCAAUGUACAGCACAACAUCUAGUCUCAAGCAAACCCAUGGACCUCCGAAAAAUAGGGCAACAAAUGGGGGCUUUGAAAACAUUCUGUUAGAAAAUUCAACAAAUGAUUUGCCAGCCUUGUCUGAGGAAAGGAGAAGCAGCUCUCCUGUUUCUAUUGGAUCAUUUCCUUGUGAUGACUCUGCACUUACUGAGGGAAAGACAGUUGAUAUGAUGGAUUCUCUUUGCUGUGGCUUGAAGGACUUGGCUGUCAGAAGUGGCGAGACAUAUUCAGAUGCACAUGUUGCUUCUGGGCUGAUACAGCUCUCCUUGUUAAGUGGGGUAGAUUGUGGCCAGUCCCUGGACCAGAGUAAUACUAUUUCUGCAAGCAUUCAAGCAGAGUUCCUGUUGAAGGCUGAUUCUCCAGCUGGCUGUCACAGAAGCUUGCUUGCUAAUAAACAUUCAGGUCCCUCUGGCUUAGAUUUUGGUACCCACUGUUCUUCUGAGGCUGAAUGUGCUGCAGAGAGCAUGGGUCACCAUCUAGAAACACAGUCUCCAAAUAAUGAUGAACUGUCCAAAGAAGAAUUUAUGCUGUCGAAGCAACAGAACAUGGCACAAGCAACAUCUACUCCUGUGAAACUAGAAGCUGUGCUAUCUCAAGGAACUAGUCUGAACAGUGAGAUCCAGGAAGGCAGCUAUUUGGGCAACUGCUAUCACAGAGAUGGUUCCAGACUCAGCAUACUCUUUGAAGUGAGACGUGUAGAACUGCAAGACCCUGCUGCUCUCUUUUGUAUUUGGGUUAUGAGAGACCAUUUCCAGAGCCAGAAAGAAGCAGCAGCAAAAACACAGUUACUGCUUUCCAGUUGGGCCAGUUCCUCUCAAACCCUUGUAGAUGUCCCUGUUCACAGUUUAGCAGAUUUGAUCAAAACAACACCUUUGUUUGAGAAUUCACGGCGAGCUGAAGAGCUGGAAAAACUGAAGGCUUGUGAGGGAGAAUAUGGAAAGAAAUAUGAUACACUUACACUCAUUGGCAAAGGAGCCUUUGGAUUUGUCUGGACAGCCAAAUGCAAGAAGGAUCAAAAAGAGGUUGUAGUAAAGUUCAUAUGGAAAGAAAGAGUAUUGGAUUAUUGUUGGGUGGAGGACCCUGAACUGGGGACAAUCACUCAGGAGAUUGCAAUUCUCAGAAAGCUUCAGCACCCCAAUAUUAUUAAGGUACUAGAUGUAUUUGAGAACCAGCAGUUCUUCCAGCUAGUGAUGGAGAAGCAUGGGUCAGGCCUGGAUCUCUUUACAUUUAUUGAUAACCAGCCUGAUUUGGAUGAACCUUUGGCAAGUUACAUAUUCAGACAGCUUGUGUCUGCAGUGGGCUAUCUGCACUGUCAGAAUAUCCUUCAUAGAGAUAUCAAGGAUGAGAACAUCAUAAUUGCUGAAGAUUUCACUAUCAAGCUGAUAGACUUUGGCUCAGCUGCUUACCUGGAACCUGGCAAGCUUUUCUAUACCUUUUGUGGAACUAUUGAGUACUGCUCACCAGAAGUGCUCUCAGGCAAUCUAUAUCCAGGACCAGAAUUGGAGAUGUGGUCACUUGGUAUUACACUGUAUACCAUAAUAUUUGGAGAAAAUCCUUUUUGUGAGCUGGAAGAAACCAUGGAUGCUGUAUUAAGACCUCCUUGCAGUGUAUCAGAUGGCCUGAUGGAUCUUCUGUCUGGACUCUUGCAGCCAUUUCCAGAGGAUCGCACAACAUUAAAAAUAGUAGUAGAGCAUCCUUGGGUGACGCAACCUGUGAACCUGGCCAGCUACACCUGGGAGAAAGUAUUUGUCUCUGCUAAGUCAGAAGGUACCCAUUUCAAAAUUUACUCUACUGGCUGCAGUCAUGGUGGUAUCUGGGCAGCCCCAAGUCUGGAGAGUGAGCAGAGCUUUAAUGAUGAUCUCUGCAGUUAUGAACUGGCUAAUCCCCAGCACACAAGAACUGCUGCUUCUUCAGAGCAAGAACCAUCAACCUCUCUCCAGUGUCGGGACUAGUGAAGUCUGUACUCUGAACAUCACCUUGCUCUUCUUUAGUUGCUAAGAAAAAAUUGCCACAAGGAUAUGAAUUCUCUCUCCCUAAGUCUUGUGGAUUAGUGGGAUCAUGCAAAUCAAUCUACUUGCUGUGAGCACCUCUCACACAGGCUUCCUGGACAUAUGAGCAUCUCAUUUUCAUGGUGCUUAUGCUCUAAACCAAUACAUUAAAUUAUAUGACAGGCAUGCCAUAUAAAAUCUAGGAACCAACAAUGGGAUGAAAACCCAUACAUUGAUUUUUUGAUAGCGGGACAUCUGGCACUCCUGAAGACUAGGUGUAGGCGUUCAUAAUGGAUAGCGCAGGCAACCACUCUCCUGUUUCUUUGGCAUGCAUUGCUAGUGAGCAGGCCCAUUCUUUCUAACUUGGUUGUAAUUAUUGUUUGCAAGAGAAGCCUUAGUUGCCAAAGUGGCUUAAAUUGCUGAACUGAUAGGAAUGAUCUUUAGACUUUAGAUGUUUGACAGAAACAUAAUUUUUAGUGCAUUCUUACUAGCGUACCAGAGCAUCAUUUGUGCAUGUGCUCCAUUUGAGAUAACUGAUUAUGUAAAUUAACUACAUUAGUGAAGCUGCUAGCUGACUGGGUUGCCCCUAGGAAGAGUUUCUGAUGGUCACAAAUUCUGACUACCUCCUGUUGCAAGUGAUCAUCUUGCCAUUUAAGGCUGAUUCAUAUUUCAAGCCAAGGAGAUGAUCAUCUUGAGCCUACAAUACUAAUUACUGUGACAUCUUGGUAUAGUUGUGGUACUGAGAAGUCCACUUAUUGGAGGUGUCAUUUUGCAGUUGAUAGAUUUAUUCCUUGCUUAUUAAGAAAAAGAAAGUAUUUCUCAUGUUUUAUUUAGCUAUUGUACUUUAAAGUGAAUGCCUUUUUUGUCCCCAAAGAUCCCUAGUCAGAUAAUUAUAACUGUAAGUUAACUGUUUGAAGAAUCUGACUCUGUUGAAAGAAGCAGAUGUUGGAAAGUUCAAAUUCAGUUAAUUUGAUACAUCUCUCCCAAAUAAUUUUAUAUAAGUUUCUUUGGAAGAUAUAUAAAAUUUUAAACUUUAUGACAGCAAUACCUAUUUUUAUAAAUGUGCAAACUAUGUUUUAUAAGUCACUUUUGAAUUGUUUUUGAAAUGGUACGGUAUUGUUUUUUCAACUGAUUUAUACUUUAGCACAACACAAUCAUUUUUCAGUACCACUGUUAUGAAUAACAGGAAGGAUUCUGUAAAAGAUCAGUAUGCUUGUACUGGAUUUUAAAGGUGCAGAUGCUUCAGUAAUAUCUCUUCAAAUUAUUCUUUAUGAAAUAUAUUUUACUGUUUUUUAUUUUUCUAGAAUCCAAUCCUUCCUGCCUUCCAUUUCUUGAAGGAAAAUAUUUUUCUGUAUUGAAGAAAAUAUUUGAAAGAGCCAUUAGUUCUCUCUCUCUCUCUAAGUGUAAAACCCAUGUAGAAUGUUGUUUGAUUAGUACACUUAUUUAAAAUGUGCACCCACUUCAGUACUUCGGUUUCCGUUCUAAGGGUCAGUUUAUAUUAGGAAAAAAUGUCUACUAAUGAUUACCCAUAAUGUUAGAGAGAUGUUUUCUGGGAAAUUAUUGAAGCAAGUUUGGAUGCUACUCCUGUUUCUAGGUAUUGCUCCACUGGAGCAAAACUAUCUUUGUCUUACCAUGAUUUGUCGAAUGUCUUUAAACUGAAUAAGCAAGCCAGUUCUUGGGACGUCAUUUUAUACUUUAGUGUGUAUUUUAAAAUAUGGUAACUUUUCUGAACAUAAAGGUUAUUUUUUAUUCCUGUGCACUCUAGUUGUACCAAAGGAUUACUAAAUGUUCAUAUCUUAACGUGUGCCUUAACAUGUGUCCAUACAUAUGUGUCUUAAUAUGUGUCCAUACAUAUUAUCUUGCUGCCAGCAACUGUGAUUGUCUUGCUACUUUUUGUACCACAUUCCUUUUUGCUUUACAAACUUCCCAUUACAAUCUGAUCAGGAGGUUAAAA